UUGCGAUGGAACUGAAGUGUUGGGUGUAUGAGUAAGGACUAAUUUCCAUGAGUAAUGGGAUGAAGAAAAUGGCAGCUUCACCUUUCCUUCUACUUCGACUCCGCUUGGCUUCUUCUUCUUCCUCACGCUUCACUAAACCAUUUCACCUUUUCAAAUUCUCCUUCUCCACCACCUCACCGCCGAAUCCACCUCCAAUUCAAGUUUCUCUCACUGACUCAACCGGUCGCGCCGUCUUCGCAACUCGCCCAAUCCCUACCGGCGAUCUCAUCCACACCGCGGAACCCGCCGUCUGUCAUCCCUCACCCUCCGCCCUCCAUCCCGUCUGUUACUCUUGCCUCACCAGACUCCCCGCCUCCCUUCCUCAAUGCUCCCCCUUUUGCUCUCACCAAUGCCACCACCGCAGUAAGGAAUACUACGAUGUGGAGAUGAAAGCGGAUUGGACAGAUUUUGAUAGCUAUUGCCGGAACCAAGGUUUAAAAUAUCCCUUUCUGGUAAAGCGGUUGGCGUGCAUGAUCAUAUCAGGAGUUUCCAGAAGUGACAGUCUUGACAUACUUCAACCUGCCAAUUUGACACCUGAGAUGAUUUUAGAGAUGGAAAAGGGGUUCGCCCUGCUAAAGAAUGCCUUCACAAAGGCACUUAUUGCAGAUGAACAGAUUGCUUUUUUAACCAAGCAAUGGUACAUUGGUGUUUUGGCGCGGAUUCGAAUCAAUGCAUUUCGCAUUGAGUUGGCUGGUGGUGGAUCAUAUGAAGAUCUUCUUUCUUCAGCAUUUGCAUCUGUAGAAGCUGAAGCUGCGGUUGGAAAUGCUGUCUAUAUACUCCCUUCUUUCUAUAAUCAUGAUUGUGAUCCUAAUGCACACAUUAUAUGGAUAGAUAACGCAAAGGCAAAACUGAAGGCUCUCCGGGACAUUGAUGAAGGUGAAGAACUGAGAAUCUGCUAUAUUGAUGCCAGUAUGGACCGCGAUGCUCGGCGAGAACUAUUGUUUCAAGGUUUUGGUUUUCAAUGUAAUUGUAGUAGAUGCUUGCAUGGUGAUUAGUUUUUUUCUCUAAAAGAUUCUCCUAGGUUUCAAAAUACCACGUGGUUGGAAACAGGCUAUGAUGUAAACCUGCUCAAAUUUUGGAUAUUUAGAAUUUUAGAUAGUAGAUACCAUGACCAACUUUCUGCCAAACACAAUAAUUCAAUGAAUAAUCACUUGAUUUAAUCCUUAAACUAUCUCUUUUACCCAUUACAUCCAUAAACUAAACCAAUACACCAAUAAAGCAAUAAUUUAAACCAGAAAACCACUUAAAUAAGAAAUUUAAUCCUGGUUUGGUAUGAAUCUCAUUGACAUUGUCUCAUUUGUGCAGUUGUAUGCUUCCAUUAGAUCUACAAGCGAUGGACAUAUUGCAAUUUUUUUACAGCAACUACUAGUCUAAGUUUAAAUUUUUCCUCCUAAACAAUCCUACCUCAGAAACAUUAGUGGAGUUACCAAGUGUAGGUUAUGGGGUUGGUGCAACAACUUACUGUCACUGGUGGAGCAGCUUGCUCUGUCAUUGUUGCAGUAACUUGCAUUGGUGCAACAGCUUCUUAUGUCAUUCUUGCAGUGAUUCAUGUGUCAUUGGACUUUCAUUUUCCUACAUAAUAAAAUUAAGCAGUAAUUUUUGUUGUUGAAUAUGGCACGAUAAGAAUGAACUACAUCCGAGUAAAUUCACAUACUUACUAGUUGUGAUGUAGGUGCAAUUUGAGACGAAUUGAUCUCAACUGGUUCAUUUUGAUGCUCAAGUCCAAAUUGAGGACGCAUAUGAUGCCCCACAUCAACGACACUGCAUUGGAAUAAUGAUUCUUUAGUUUACAAGGUCAAAUACAAUCUUCAUAAGUUGACAUUUUAAGCCAAUUAUGGACAAAAUUUUCAAGUUGUAAGCUCCAAUGAGCCAUUGUUGCAAUUGCAUGUUUACAAGGCAUCUCACUAAUUUUCAAGUCGUAAGCUCCAAUGAGCCAUUGUGGCCAUUGUGACAUCUUAGUGAAAUAAUCCCACACACUCUUGUUCAUUGCCUUUGAUUUUUUCAUCACAGGGUUGAAUUGUUGCGUGUGGUAUUUUUUGCACAAAUCCAAA